AUGCGCAUAAUCCUCGACCUCGGAGCCGAUGUGAAUGGUCAAGAUUUGAAGGGAACCACGCCUCUUCAUCGGGCUGCUAGGCGAGGGUUUGUUGAUGAUGUCCGCCUUUUAAUUGAUCGUGGGGCAAACGUUAACGCCACUGAUGGUUUUGGCUCUCUCAAAAUCAAACCGAUUGAUUUAACCAAAAAUACGGAGGUCAAAGAGAUAUUGAAAGGAGCCAUGGGGAAGAGUUUAUGA